AUGGAAGGCAAUUUAUCUUCAGGUAAUAUGAUUCCUGGUAGUGCCUCUUAUGGAGGUCUUGACUUGCAAGGUCCUAUGAGAGUUCAUCACCAGCAGCAACCACCCUUUAGCCUCCAACAACAGCAUCAUUCUCAUUCUAGACAGGGGUCGAUGGUUCAUCAAACCAUUCAUGAGGGUUUCCCUCUGACGAUGGGAAAUCUGCAGGAUUGUGAUCAGACAAUUUCUUUGGCUGAUUACAAUAAAGGAGAGAGGGGAAAAAGUCCUGCUAGUGAUGAGGAUGAGCCGAGUUUUACGGAAGAUGCUGCUGAUUGUCACAAUGAUUCAAGUAAAGGGAAGAAGAUGUCCCCAUGGCAGCGCGUGAAAUGGACUGAUACAAUGGUGAGGCUUUUAAUCACGGCUGUUUCUUAUAUAGGUGAGGAUGUUGCUGCAGAAUGUGGUGGUGGGGCGCGGAGGAGGUAUGCGAAUUUGCAGAAAAAGGGUAAGUGGAAAUCUGUCUCAAAGGUCAUGGCUGAAAGGGGUCAUUCUGUUUCGCCUCAGCAAUGUGAGGAUAAAUUUAAUGACCUCAACAAAAGGUAUAAGAGACUUAAUGAGAUUCUUGGGAGGGGAACUUCUUGUGAGGUUGUUGAGAAUCCGACCCUUAUGGACAUAAUGGAUCACAUAUCAGAGAAAGCAAAGGAGGAGGUUAGGAAAAUUUUAAGCUCGAAGCAUCUGUUCUAUGAAGAGAUGUGUUCUUACCACAAUAGAAACAGGUUGCAUCUGCCUCCUGAUCCUGAAUUGCAGCGUUCUUUGCGAUUGGCUCUUAGGAGUCGAGAUGAUCAUGAGAACAACGACAUGAGGAGGCAGCCACAAGAUGAUCCUGAGGAUGAUGAUCAAGAUGCAGAAAUGGAUGAACAUGAUGAAUUGGGGGAAAAUCAUGAUUUGCAUGGGAAUCGUAGUGGCAUAUAUGGGAUGCAGGGGAGCUCAGCAAAGAGGGUAAAACAAUGCCAGGGUCAUGGCGAUAUUCGUUUUGGUAAUUCCUUGAAUUUUUUAGAUUGUAACAGAACUUCCAAUUCUCAGUCACAAGAUGCCCAUGCUGAUAUGAAUCAAGCAUUACCAGAAGGCAUGAAAGCAAACAUGAAGCAGCGGAUGAACCAUCGGGCAGUUCAGUUAGAAGAACAGAAACUACAAAUUCAGGCACAGAUGUUUGAAUUGGAGAAAGAACGGUUCAAGUGGCAAAGGUUUUGCAAAAAAAGAGACCAGGAGUUGGAAGUGAUGAGAAUGGAAAAUGAGAGAAUGAAACUUGAGAAUGAGCGUAUGGCAUUGGAGUUGAAGCGGAGGGAGAUGGGUUUUGAAAUUAACUAA